AAUUGUAUUAAGGUGACAUCAACUGCAGUUGAUAUUCAGUCUACAAAAUUUUUGAAUGAAUAUUUAUGUUUUGAAAGGGAGAAAUUCGUUUUAAUACAAGAAUGUAUUCCAUGUUCUGCUUUCGAAAUAAAAGCAUUAAAAACUCCAUAUUGCGAAGCUACUGGUUAUUACGACAAAUUAAAUUGUACCUCAAGCAGAAAACUUGGUUACAAGCCAUGCUAUACAAAAAUAGAGCAUAUUAAUAAGAAUUUAUUCUUAUUUACAAUCUUUUCAUCAGGAAUGACCAUAUUCAGUUAUUCUUUUGUUUCAUGGAGGAGAUCAGUUCUAGAAAGGCGAAGUUAUUUUAGAAUACGACAGCAAAUUGGUAGCUAG